AUGUCAGCCCCGGCCUCUACAUACAAAGACCGGCAGUUCCUCGCCGUGAUUGGCGAUGAGGACACAGUGACGGGCAUGCUGCUCGCGGGCGUCGGCCACGUGACGCAGCCCCCGGACGCGCAGAAGAACUUCCUCGUCGUCGACGCCAAGACGGAGAACAGCGCGAUCGAGGCCGCCUUCGACCGCUUCACGACGGAGCGCAAGGACAUUGCCAUCUUGUUGAUCAACCAGCACAUCGCCGAGAAGAUAAGACAUCGCGUCGAGACGUACACGGCCGCUUUCCCCUCGCUGCUCGAGAUCCCGUCCAAAGACCACCCAUACGACCCCGAGAAGGACAGCGUGCUGAAGCGUGUCAGGAGGCUGUUUGGCGAGUAG